AACCGAUGGCGGGAGCUCCCGCCAGUUUCUAAGCAGCCGAGGCUACCGACUCGGGCGGAGGCGGGGGGCGGGGAAAGAAGGCUGCGACUUUAGGAUUGGCCCCGCCGGGUGCAUGUGGCCCCCCGGCGAGCAGCCUCCGCCCCCGCCCCGCAACCGCCGCCGCAUUCCCAGGGGAGCGCGGAGGAGGAGCCGCUCCCCAACUCCGUGGGCCCACGGAAAGGGUGGGGGUCAGGGGCGGUCCCCCUCACCCUGUCCGUCUCUGCCCCGAAGGCGCAGCCCGCUUCCAGGGCUGCCAUUGUCAUGGAGACCCCCGCCACCACCGCCAGGCUAUAAAGCCAGCUCUCUAGACGUCGAGCACCUCACGAGCCGGUGAGCCCCCCAAGUCAAAAAAGCAAGCGUCCCGGCCCCCGCGAGAGAGGAGGAGGCGGGGAGAGGCUCCAGGAGCUGGAGGAGAGGCGCUCCCCGCCGAGGCAGGAGGCAGGCGCGCCAGGCGGGCGCCACCCGCUCAGCAGGGGGUCCCGGGGUGCCGGGGGAGCGGCACCGCUCCAAGCCACGCGGGACCGAGGGGCGCCGGAUGCGGGAAAGAAGAACCCGAGAGUUGAGGAGGCCCAGCUCGAGCUCCGGGGGUCGGGAGCAGCAGGCGGCCCACACCUCCAGGCGGGACGCGCCGGGAGCGGCGAGGCAGCGGGCAGCCUCGGGGUGACCGGAGCGGGCACGGCAGGAGGACCCCCGGCUUGCAGCGGAGAGGGCGGUACCGGUGUCCGGGCCCGGGGCCGGGACCCCGAAGGUGGGUGAGGGAACGGGGGCGCCCCCGUGCGGAGCUGUCGGACUUCCGGGGCUCGCUCGGCCGAGCCAUGCUCAAGCCCAAAGACCUGUGCCCCCGAGCGGGGACGCGCACCUUCCUGGAGGCCAUGCAGGCGGGCAAAGUGCACUUGGCCCGCUUCGUGCUGGACGCGCUGGACCGCAGCAUCAUCGACUGCCGAGCCGAGCAGGGCCGCACGCCGCUCAUGGUGGCCGUGGGGCUGCCGGACCCCGCGAUGCGCUCGCGCUUCGUGCGGCUGCUGCUGGAGCAGGGCGCGGCCGUGAACCUGCGCGACGAGCGCGGCCGCACCGCCCUCAGCCUGGCCUGCGAGCGGGGCCACCUGGACGCCGUGCAGCUGCUCGUGCAGUUCAGCGGCGACCCGGAGGCCACGGACUCGGCCGGCAACAGCCCGGUCAUGUGGGCGGCGGCGUGCGGCCACGGGGCGGUGCUGGAGUUCCUGGUGCGCUCCUUCCGCCGCCUGGGCCUGCGCCUCGACCGCACCAACCGCGCGGGCCUCACCGCGCUGCAGCUGGCCGCCUCCCGCGGCCACGGGACCUGUGUGCAGGCCCUCACGGGGCCUUGGGGUCGGGCGGCCGCGGCCGCGGCGGCCCGGGGUUCCAACUCCGACAGCCCCCCCGGCCGCCCGGCCCCGGCGCCCAGCCCGGAGCGUCGACGACCCAGCCCCCGCCGUCUACCGCGGCCUCUUUUGGCACGGUUUGCUCGAGCUGCCGGCGGCCACGGCCACGGUCACGGCCACGGCCACGGGGGUGAGCUCAUCCCUGCUGGCAAGGGCUCGGGCCGUCACAGGGCGCAAGGCGGUGAGAGGCCGGAGCUGGGCCGGAGCAUGAGCCUAGCGCUGGGUACCAUGACGGAGGAGGAGACAGCGCGCCUUCGGGCGGGGGCUCUGAUGGCCCGGUCAAACUCACCCCAGUCUUCCGGGGGUGGGCGGUGGCGCUCGCACGAGGUGCUGGAGGGAGCGCCGCCAACCCUAGCACAAGCCCCUAUCGGCCUCAGUCCCCACCCCGAGGGUGGCCCCGGCUCCGGCCGCCUGGGCUUACGCCGACGUUCCACAGCCCCAGACAUCCCCAGCCUGGUCGGGGAGGCCUCGGGGCCCGAGAGUGGCCCAGAAUUGGAGAACGACGCUCUGCCUUUCUCGGCGCCCGGGCCAAAGGCCUGGCAGGCGGGCACAGAGGCUGUGGUGCUGCAGGCUCAGCGGUGAGGGCCAUGGAGGUCGAGCCCUGCAGAGCCCACUCUGUCUGUGGUCACUGAGCUGUCUCCCUUUCCUCAGAGUCUUUCACUGCGAUUUGCUCCCCGCCCCGUCCCCGCUGCUAAAGGGAGACCUCCAUCCAGAUGUAAGAAACGGACCCUAUCUUUGUGUGUGUGUGUGUGUGUGUGUGUGUAUGUGCGUGCUCUUUGGUAUUUCCCGUGUAGAUAGCUCACCUUCCUUCAACCUGACUUUCUUGUCCUGGGGGGGGGGGGGGGAGGCUAGAGGUGGGGAAGGCUCCUUCUGUAGGCUUCUGCUUUCUAGCUAGGAAAGUGAACCCCUCAGCCCCAGCCCCAGCCCUGAGGCUCAGCUGCCUAGGUUCUGCUUCCGUUCCCGCAGGACCCCCUGCCUAUUUCUUACUUCCCAGUCGCCUCGGCGGCCAGGUACCAAGCAGAGCUGGCGUUAAAGAACGAAGGCCCAGCCGGCCGUGCAUACCGACGCUGACCAUAGUAGUUUUGACAAAACACCAAAGUGUCCCUUCCCUGUAAGUGCUGGAGAACGGGAGGAACGAGGCGGCCCCGUGAGCUUUUUGGACAAGGGGGCUGACUAUGAAGGAAUCUAGUGGUUAAGGCUUUCUGAGGCGCAACCUCCUCCUUCAACACAGUGAGAAUGUUUAGGCGUUGUUUACCGGUUGUUCUCUUCUGGGGGAUAAACUUCUGACUCUGUCUCAGUCAGACCCAGGGAUCAAUUUCAUUGAUAUUGUAGGGUCACUGCCCCCCCCCCCCCACUCGCUCUUGGCUCCUAGGCCAGCUUGACCGCAGCAUGACUGCAUUUGAAUUUCCUCUGUGAGGUUCAAUGCUUCACUCAUCCUGGCCCAGCCUUGUAUUUCCGCUCAGUCCCAGAGGCCUGAAAUGGAAAGGACAUAGCGCUCCACCUCCUCCUUCCAGCUCCCCCAUUCUGCACGUGGGUGCUCCGGGAGGGUGGAACAGUUAGGAAGGUUUGCUUAAUUGUAUUUCUUCCAACUCUCAAAAGAACUCGUGUUUUGAGCCUUUUGUGUUUAAGGCAGAAAGCAGCAGGUCUGAUCCGAGGCUUAAGAACCUGACAAUGUCUCUUUAAAUAGCACCUCAGCGAGGGGGAUAAUUGACUGGAGUGUUUGCAACGUUAACCGGCGGGGCGCGCGCGGGAGUCGGGAGCCCACACGAACCACAGGUCCCGGUCUAAAUUACAUCCAGCUCGGGAGAGAGGAUGGGAGGGGGAGGGCUUGCUGAACGUCUCCUGCCUCUUGCUGGGCUGUUAAUGGAGGGCAGGGCGGACGACGGAUGCUAGAUCGAGCCCGAGGCCCCCUGCUUGUGCCCCACCGUGCGGGAUGCAGGCCAGCCCAAGUUCCAGCUUUUAUUACUGGGCAGAUUAGUGAGUCAGAGGCAACUGUGGAGAAGCAGUUAGGCCCCCGCCCCGCCAAGUCUUUUUGUCCUCUCCUUCUCCGCCCCUGCCCUGAGAGGGGGCGAAGAAAGGGGUUUGACAGGUCGUGCGCUUUAAGACCCAGUGUCAGCGCUGGCUCCUGGUGGGAGAGCUGUACCAGCAGGGCGGGGUUAAAACUCCCGCUGCAAGGCAGCGAGAGCUUUCCGGCCGUGACAGUACCUUGGGUUUCUGUUUGUGAACCCCGAGGUGUAAGCAUUGUAGCCCCUCACCUGCCUGCGGUGAAGUCUUUUUAAGAUGUCGACCCGAUCAGUCUCUGGGGAAAGGUUUCUCACCGAGGGAACUGCCCGGAGGGAGAAUGCUGGUGGUCAGGAACCAGUCUUUGCAGGGGUCAGACACCGACCCUGUUCCUGGCCUCGCUAGCGUCCGGGGCCGCGCGCCGGCCCACAAUUUGGACUGUGAUACUUGCUGCCCCCUGGUGGCACCUCUGCGUUCUCCUCGCUGCGCCCUGGGAGCUCAGACUUGGCAGUCACCGGAGAUCUUCAGAUGUGUCACGUCUCCCUCUGUGUACAUUUUACCCACGAAGCGUGUCCCUCUUGUAGAAUAUUAAAUCCGGAUACUUGAAGUCGCCUCACUUCAAUGAAGUGAGGAACAAGGAAAGCCGGGUGUAGUGAAACGUGCCCAGAGCCCCCCACCAAGGACCCCUUUAGCAGGAACCCCAAGCCAUUUGCAAGCUAAGGCUGCUGUUGGAAGAUCUCCUGCCAUCUUUAGAUAGGACACCUGGAGCUGCCAACCCCUGUGGCUUCCAGACCUUGACCGGACCGUGUGUGUUGUCUUCUUAAGAUGAUAGUUGCUUUCCAUUCUGUGGUGAUCUCUGCCACCCCACACAGACACCCGGAGCCCCGAGCCCCGAGCCCUAGCCCCAGCCCCGCCCCUCCCACACAAGCACACACACCUGCCUUUCUUCAGUCCCCCCGAGUGACAGAUGAACAACACGGUGUCUGAAAAGCCAGAGGAGGUCAGGGCUGGGACGCCGCUCCAAGCGAAUACUGCUUUUUCUCUGACCCUUCCUCGCUCGCAUUCCGUUUUCGACUGUGUUUUAAUUUUAACGACGUUUUGUUUUUUUAAUGGUGUAUGAGUACCAACAUUUUUGGCUUAGGAGCAUCAUGAAAUUUGGCUCGCCCGUUGUGUCAGGGGCGCUGUCAGUCUUCAGCGCCACUGGCGUGUAUUCUGUGGGAAGAGCACCUUGGAGAGUCUCUGUGGGUUAGACAAGCGCUGCUCCCGCUUGGGGUCUGUGGAGUGGCUGGGAGGCGCAUGGCUGGAAGUGAUGUUUCUGGAACACUGCAGUAGAUUUUCCCUGCCUGAACGGAGCUGCCACCGGCCGUCGACUGCCUUGCUGACCGGACAGCACAGACUCCUCGGCAAGCUCCGUGCAGAACUCCAGCACCCUUCACUCUCCCCGAACCUCCUGUCGGUUCUCGGUAUGGAUGCUGGAGCUGCCGUCCCACCUCGUCCCCUCCCACGGUGGAAAAGGCCUUGCCGUGUAUUCUGCUUUUCGUAUGAUUGUCAUCAUUUUGAAGAGUCACCCAGGCCGCUGGCGCUCAGUACCGGCUGGUGUGGAAGGCUGAAGGGCGUUGGCACAUGCUUUUGGAGUAUGACACAUGUGGUGAAAAGGACUAAUGGGAGUGAGAGCAGCUAAUAAACCCAGUGUUGUUCCGUUUGCA